AUGGGCAGCAAACAACAACAACUGAGUGGUCUCAAUGGCAAGAGUGCUUUUGUUCAGCACUGCCAAGUUGGGAGGGACUGGAGUUACAAGGAGUGCGUCAGCUCCGAGCCUGACGUGAAAUGCAUCGACCUGGACGGAUCCGAAGAACUCGUUAUUCUGGCCAGUGACGGGCUCUGGGACACCAUCAGCCACUACGAUGCCUACGACAUCGUUAUGGGCACCCUUUUUAUGAGACCCCGAGAUGCAGACAUAGCUUCUCCCAAUUUGCUGCCAUACAUGAGAAGUGAUUAA